UGCCCCCCCCGCCCCCUGGUCCAGGUCCUGCGCCUCGGCCUCCUCUCCUUCAGAGAGUCAGAGGCUCUGCAGCAGCAGCUGGUCCUCAGACACCAUCAGAGGGUCAGAGAGGAGAACCAGGAGAACCAGGAGAACCAGGAGAACCAUCAGAGGGUCAGAGAGCAGAGCCACGCCCUGCUGCUGGUCCAGCACCCCCCCACCUUCACCACGGGGCUGCGCUGCCUCCCCUACCCUCCCCCCCUGCUGGAGGGCCUGCGUCAGACCGGGGCUGAGGUGCAGCGCUGCAGCCGGGGGGGGCUGAUCACCUUCCACGGGCCGGGGCAGCUCGUCUGCUACCCCAUCCUGCACCUGGGCAGCUUCAAGAAG